GAUGACAGUCGUCCAAGUCAUCAUCGCUCCCUAUCCGCAAGGGCCAAGACUCUCUGAGGAAGAGGAAAAGCUUUUCACGUUUCAGACUCCAGUUUGUACAGGGAGCUCAGACAUCAAAGAACGCAUGAUAUGUUGUAGAAAAAAAAUCUUUUUCAAGGAAAGAAAAAAAAGUCCAAAAUGGAGUGUAUCGGAGCUCGAAACUUCGCAGCAACGACGGUGUUUUCUUUCCCUACGGGAAGGACAAGGAGGAGAAUACUGAGGACAAGUAAACAUGUAGGUAUUUCAGAGAAACGGAGUCGUUUGUAUCAAGUGAGAGCAAGCAGUGCAGGAAGUGAAAGUUGUGUGGCCAUUAAAGAAGAAUACGCUGAUGAGGAAGAUUAUAUAAAGGCCGGCGGCUCCGAGCUUGUUUUUGUUGAAAUGCAGCAGAAUAAGGACAUGGAGAAACAAUCUAAACUUGCCGAUAAGUUGCCGCCGAUACCAAUUGGAGAUGAUGUACUGGAUUUGGUGGUGAUUGGUUGCGGUCCAGCUGGUCUUGCUCUUGCUGCAGAAUCAGCUAAGUUGGGAUUAAGUGUUGGACUUAUUGGUCCUGAUCUUCCUUUUACUAAUAAUUAUGGUGUGUGGGAGGAUGAAUUUAAAGGUCUUGGACUUGACGGAUGCAUUGAGCAUGUAUGGCAGGAUACCAUAGUUUAUCUUGACAACGAUGAUCCCAUUCUGAUUGGCCGCGCCUAUGGACGAGUAAGUAGACAUUUGCUCCAUGAAGAAUUGUUAAGGAGGUGUGUCGAGUCAGGUGUUUCAUAUCUUAGCUCAAAGGUGGAAAGAAUUAUUGAAGCUGCGAAUGGUCAUAGCCUUGUAGCUUGUGAGCAUGAUAUUGUUGUUCCAUGCAGGCUUGCUACUGUUGCAUCUGGGGCAGCUUCAGGGAAACUACUGCAGUAUGAAGUGGGAGGUCCAAGGGUUUCUGUCCAAACGGCUUAUGGAGUAGAGGUUGAGGUGGAAAACAAUCCAUAUGAUCCUAGUCUGAUGGUCUUCAUGGACUACAGGGAUUAUAUUAAACAAAAAGUUCCCUGUUUAGAGGCUGAAUACCCGACAUUUCUUUAUGCCAUGCCCAUGUCACCAACUAGAGUUUUCUUUGAGGAAACUUGUUUGGCGUCCAAAGAUGCGAUGCCAUUUGACUUGUUAAAGAAAAAACUAAUGUCAAGGUUAGAGACAAUGCAAAUCCGAAUUCUAAAAACUUAUGAAGAGGAAUGGUCUUAUAUUCCGGUGGGUGGUUCCUUGCCUAAUACUGAGCAAAAGAACCUUGCAUUUGGUGCUGCUGCUAGCAUGGUGCAUCCAGCAACAGGCUAUUCUGUAGUGAGAUCAUUGUCAGAGGCUCCCAAUUAUGCUUCUGUAAUUGCAAAUAUAUUGAAACAGGGCCAUUCCAAGAGCAUGCUUACUCAUAAAAUAAGUAAUGCAAAUAUCUCAAUGCAAGCUUGGAAUGCUCUUUGGCCACAAGAAAGGAAACGGCAGAGGGCCUUCUUUCUCUUUGGACUAGCACUUAUACUGCAACUGGAUAUUGAAGGCAUUAGGACAUUCUUCCAUACUUUUUUCCGCUUACCCAAUUGGAUGUGGCAGGGAUUCUUGGGUUCCACUCUGUCCUCAGCUGAUCUCAUACUAUUUGCUUUCUAUAUGUUUGUUAUUGCACCAAAUGAUAUGAGGAUGUGCCUUGUUAGGCAUCUACUUUCUGAUCCAACUGGAGCAACUAUGAUAAGAACUUACCUUACAGUGUAGUCCCCCAUCUUUUCUAUUUCUUCCCUCGUUUGGCUCUAAAUUUUGAAUUGCCAGUUUAGAAACACGAGGAAUCCCCUAAUAAAUGUAACACUAGGUACUUGUAUAUACAUAUUUUGUUUAUAUAAUUGUAUCACUUAGCUUAAAGAUAAUGGCAACAAUGUUGCCUAUACUCCAUUGCUCAA